GUUCACACCCGAUUUUAUCAUGGCCCCUCGACGUGCUUCCGGACUUCAGCACGACAAGAUCGAGCAGUACUCCGACACACAACCGAUGGAAGAGGAUGACCCCAUCGAACAAGACACAGCUCCCUCGCAGUCGUCCGAUGCUGUCUUACCGGCAGCACGAGCUCUCGCCGAGAUGACUCGCGGUGUGGAACCAGAGUCAGUCGAGGGUAGACUCAUGAAGCAACGACGAAGACUCUACGACGAGCAGACCGCACAGGUGGCCGUCGAGGUUUUGGCCUUUCGCCGAGCCCAAGAACAGAUGGGACUGGCACGAUUGCGAACACAGUUUUCCAACGCCGAUAGCAAUCAGCUCCUUGAGAUCUGGCGACGCCAUCUGGCUGGGAAGGCGGUCGACUCCGAAGGCAACCCGCUCCAGAGCCACGAGGCCGAGAUCAUCGAGAAGGACACCGAAGAGGGCAAUAAACGCCUCCUUGACUACCUCGGUUUCCUCUCCGCCAAACACGAUGAUCCCAAGCACGAGAAGUCCCUCGAUUGCACCUUUUGUGGCAAGCUCUUCCCCGCUUACUACCUCCUGUGCAUCAACCCGGCAGAACUCGAUGACUGGCGAAAUGUACACUACAGGUGUUGCUAUGCUUGCGCUACCUGCCAUUCGGAGGACUUCGUUUGGUACAGCGAGUGCUCUGCCUUGAAGCCGGCUAAGCCCGGCGCCCGGGGUUCCAUCUCCGACGAGCGGUACAACAACUUCGAUCGUACCAAUGUAGCCGACUUCGAUGACGAUUACGACAACACUCCGGGCCAAUGGCACAUAGCCAUCGACAAGACGGCGGGGGCUUACGCGACCUUCUACUUCGACUCGGUGUGGGAUGACGAGAGAUCCCGGUGGACACGCCGACCAGUCUUCCGACGAAAAGGCCGCAUCGUCACGAAUAUCCCCGUCAAGGAGUGGUACGCGUUGUGUUCCAAGGUCAUCACAUUUAGGCGCCGACAGCUCACCGAUCAAGUGCGUGACCACAAUUCUUCUUGGAAAGCCAUGUGCGAUGCUAUUCGCCGAGAACGACCAGGCGCAUCCAGCGCGGGAGUACGCCGAGAGGUGCGGGCUCGGAUUUUGGCUUUGACAGCCCGCUUUGUCGCCGACAUGGACAAACUCGAUGCAGACCGGCGAGCUCAAGUCAUGGUGGCGUUCGAGCAGUGGCAGAUCUCCUCGAUUGCACGCUCGAUCGAUCCCAAUUGGGACGGCGAUGCCUUCUGGGAUAUGGCCAUCAACGACGCGAACGUCGAGUGCACCUCCGUCAUCCACAACCAUCACUGGCUUCGCCAGAUUUCCACCGAUUAUCCGAUCCGUGAACAGCACGGUCGCUACACAUGUCCACGAUGCUUGACCCCCUACCGACCUCACGCCGAAAGAACGAACGCCAGCGCUUUGCAGUCGAAGAAGCUCGUGCCGGCACAGAAGGCGUUGAUCAUGGCCGAAAACGGCGAGGUUAACAUCGAGAUACCGGUACGAGGCCAGACAAUCUCGAAAGAGCAUUGCGACUACCAUCUCUUCUUGAUGGAGUGGGAGAAAACCGACGACGAUAUGCUCCUCGGACGCCUCAAGCAGAUCAUGGCGGAGUAUCGCGCGGACUUGGGCACCGAGGACUUCCGCGCCCCGCUACAGGCGGCCAUCCGCGACCAGGCUGUGAAACACCAGCUCCUGGGAGACUUCGAGGAGACG